AUGUCUCCCAUCCCCCCCACCACCAACCCCAUCAUCAUCAGCGGUCCCUCGGGGGUCGGAAAAGGCACGCUCUACUCGCGACUCCUGGCCAACCACCCCUCGCUCUUCACCACCUCCAUCUCGCACACGACGCGGGCGCCGCGCCCCGGCGAACAGCGCGAUGUGGAUUAUUACUACGUGUCGAUGGAGGAGUUUGAGGCGAUGAUUGCGGCGGGGGAUUUUGUCGAGCAUGCGAAGUUUGGGGGAAUAGGGCGUAAACAAAUCCAUGCGCUCACCCCACCAUUCCCAGCACGCUACGUAUUCAUUUCUCCUCCCUCCACCGCGGAGCUCUCACCCUACCAAGUUCUCGAGAAGAGAUUGCGCGGAAGAGGCACGGAAAAGGAAGAAUCGAUUCAAAAGCGUUUGGAACAGGCAAAGUUGGAAUUGGAGUAUUCGAAGAAGGAGGGGUUGCAUGAUAAGAUUAUUGUGAAUGAUGACUUGGAGGUUGCGUAUAAGGAGUUGGAGGAUUAUAUUUUUGGCAAGGGGGGAAAGGCCGCGGAUGAGAAGGAGGCGAGUGUUAGUGUUCAGGACUGA